ACAGUUAAGUUGGUUUAUGUUCAGUUCAAACAAUUGAGGUUCAUCUUGAUUUCUAAUCAGGACAGAAUUCGUGAUCGCUUGACUGUUUAAAUACACAAACAGUUAAUUUUUGUAUUUUCUGGACUAUUUAUUUCAAUUUACAGAUAUACUUUAACAUUAAGAAUUUGCCUAAAAACAAAUUGUUACGUUUUGUUUGCUAAGACAUUUAUUAAAAUGGCAGCAAUUAAUAUCGCUUCUCUUGCCAUAGGCUCUGAUGAAGUUAAGGAUUUUAUUUGUUCGUCAUGCGAAAAGCAAGCAAAUGCAGAUUUUUACUGCAAAACAUGUUUGAAACUUUAUUGUGGGAAAUGUAUUCAGUUGCAUGAUAAGUGGUCCCCAAAACAUUCAACUUAUGGAAGGAAUGACAUGAAAAAAUGGCCACUUUCGAAAAAGUUGGAGCAAUUUCUAUUAAAGUGUGAAGCGCACAAGGACGACACAAUUGAAAUGUUAUGUGAUGACCACCGUCAGCUGUGCUGCACAAAGUGUGCCUUCAAAAAUCACAGCCAGUGCAGUAAAGUGACCCAGAUUUCGGAGCUGACCAACUCGCAGCCCACAGGCCUAGAGGGGCUGUCAGUGGAGCUGGAAACUGUCCUGGGGGAAAUUAAAACCCUGCAAAUCAGUCAGAAGGCCAGCAUUCAGUCAUUGCAGAGAACAUACAAGGAACAUAGUGCAGUUAUGAUAGAGCAAAUGCUUGGCAAUUUAAAUACUUAUAUAGAUGAAUGUGAUAAUAAUUCUGUGGGUACAUCAGGCGGAAAUGAGCAAUAUUUAAAAGAAGAGAUGUGUAGGAGUGUUCUCUCUAUCGUGAAUGAAUUUGAUAAUAUUACUACGAAGGAACUUAACGAGUUGAAAGAUGAAGUUUUAAGUAUUAAAGAGUCAGUUACAAGUUCUAUUCAUAAAUGCACCACUCUUCACAAUGACUUGUCACAAUUCCAUGAACUUGUUCAGAAAAUUGGAGAUAAUAAGGAGCUCUGUCUUAUAGCCAGCAUAAAAUGUAAGCAUAUAAUACAGCAAGCAUUGACUCUGCUAGGAAAGUCAGGCAAGGCGUUUCAUGUCCAGCGGAAGUCUGUGCACAAUGUGAGAAUACCAAGUGAUUCAUAUGAAUGUAGUAUCGCAGGCAUAUGUGUUCUGACUGAUGGGCAGGUGCUGGUCGCAGAAAGUGAGAAUAAGAGGAUCAAGCUGCUGAACCAGCAGUACCAGGUGGUGAGUCACUGUGAUGUGACUGCUUGGCCAUGGGACAUAUGUUUGAUCACAUCCAGUGAGGUUGCAGCGGCUGUGGAUACUUUCAACAAACAUGAGGUCCAGUUUAUCACUGUCAACCAGGGAAAGCUUGUUCCUGGCAGGAAGUUUCAGUUACAACAUGAAUGUACAUGUAUUACCCAUCACCUAGGAGACCUUUUUGUCACCUCUGGUAAAGAAUUGUACAAAUACACAUUGAGUGGCAAACAGCUCUGCAGACUCUACCAAGAUAGAUCAGCUGAUUUGACAGUAUACAAGUGUGCUGUGAGUCCCACAGGAGACAGGCUGUACAUCACCAACUACUACAGGCAGUACAAGCUUGUCACCCUGGCCAGGGAUGGCACACUCCUGGCUACAUACACAGACCCAGCACUACGUAUCCCAUCUGGUCUACAUGUGACCCCUGCAGGCCAGGUGCUGGUCUGUGGAUGGGGGUCCCACACUGUUCUACAGGUGGGCUGGGAGGGGCAGAGUAAGCUGGCUACGCUGGCUACUGAGGAGGAUGGAGUGGGGUACCCACGGUCAGUCUGCUACAGCAGCACCACAUCCUCCAUCAUUGUGGGACUGUGGGAGGACAACAACAUCCUGGUGUUCAGAGUGGAAUAGUGUGUACAUUCGCUGCUGAGUCAACGAUGCUGAGGAUGUGGUGGACAAGGAUGACCUGAAUACGCAGAAGCAACUGCUAAGCACAGAAGACAUAGGAGUAGUGAAAGGCUCAGCCAAAUCAAAGUCCAGCAAUGUGAGGGUGACACAGCCUUUCAAGUCCUCGUAUUGCAACAUGAAGGACAUUUAAGCUGAAACUAACAAGGGAGAGAACUGUAGAUCUGCACCAGCACAGAGCACCAGCAUUGAUAUCGAGUUGGCCCAGCAACCACACCAGUCCCGCCUGCAGAAGCCCCAGUCCAGAUUGACCCUCCCCCUCCAUUGACUUCUAACUCCUCCCCCUUGACCUCCUGCCUCAAAAAGUCAGCAUCGUUGAACAACUCUGUUCUGCAGGAAAUUCUUAGGGUGAUUCUGUUCUGACAAACGCAAUGCCCACGUCACGUUUUCCAAACAUAAGCCUGGGUAGUUUUGUUAAGCUAGAGUUCCGCGUGGGCCUGAAAGGGACGAGUGUUACAGACACGAAAAGUUAUAGCAGUAGUUAUGGUAACGCUAACAGUCAGUUGUUGCUGUUGGACAUCACAACAAAUAUCAUGAAGAAUAAAAAGUUCAAUCACUUGUUCCAAUCUUUAUGGGACAAACAGAAAUUGAACAGGAGAGAAUCAAGGAACAAUAAAAGCGUGAGCUUUCCUAGUGGCAUACGUCUGCUGUUGAUAGUUUGGACAACAGUAGGGUUACGGACUGCCCCAGAUUGUCCUCUCAGCGGCCAAAAUAUCAUAAUAGAACAGACUUUUGGCAAUGUUACUGACAAAAAAAAGGCAAAAAUGACUUGGUUGUGAACACCAAGAGCGCGAUACAUCCAUGCUGACACAUAAAGGGCGGUAAUAACUUGGUUUUGAAAACCCAGAGCACAAUACAUCCAUGCUGACACAGAAAGGAAGUAAUGACUUGGUUGUGAACACCCAGAGCACGAUACAUCCAUGCUGACACAGAAAAUAGUAAUGACUUGGUUGUGAACACCCAGAGCAGGAUAUAUCCAUGCUGUUACAGAAAGGCAGUAAUGACUAUGCUGUGAACACCCAGAGCACAAUACAUCCAUGCUGACACAGAAAGGCAGUAAUGACUUGGCUGUAAACACAGAGCACAAUACAUCCAUGCUGACACAGAAAGGCAGUUAUGACUUGGUUGUGAACA